UGUUAUUUCCAUCUUUGCCAUAUUUCUUAAAAUGCUAUAUCAAUAUGCAGUAUAUUUUAGCCUUUGGCUCGUUGCAACCCUCGUAUCCAUCAAUGCAGAACAAAACGAACUAACGGUUGCAGAGAUCUGUAAGCAAGUUGCUCCCAGUACCACCAUUCUACACCCCAAUACAUGUGACAAGUGGGUACGUUGUCCUUCCACAUUUAACUCUGAAGACUAUGAAGAGGGUUCAUGUGUGUACGGCUUACGAUUCAAUAAGGAUACUGGCCGUUGUGAAAGUAUGGACGAUGUCAGUUGCCCUUACGAAUCAGUUGCAGUUAGCAAUCGCUGCGCCUCCAUGAAGAACGGCACCUUCCUGGCUGACCCCAAUAACUGCAGCGGCUAUAUUUUUUGCAAUAAUGCACGAGAGAUGCAUUCCACAUGUCCAAUGGAUUUAGUUUAUCAUCCGGAGAAGAUGGCUUGUGUAUACUCAAACGAAUAUUCGUGCUCCAUGGAGACAGAAGUAGUUGAUGUUAGUCCGAUUUGUAAGGCAGUGCCAAAGAAUAUAAUUUUUGCGGAUACCAUGGAUUGCACCAAAUAUUACCAGUGCGACGAAAAAGAGCAACUUAAUUCUUUGACUUGUGCGGAAGAUGAAGCAUUCAACUAUACCACCUUCCAGUGUGUAGCUCGCAACAAGGCGGUCUGUCAUCCAUUGGCACCACAACUAGAGCCGGAAAUAGAUGUUUGCACUCAAGGAAACAAAACCAUUGUUGGCUACAUUGCCGAUAAAGAAUCGUGCAGUGGAUAUUAUAUAUGUGCCGAGCAAGACACUGGCAAGCCCGAUCGACACCCCAUGUACUUCAAGUGCCAAACUGGCUACUUCUUUGAUAGUAACACUUGGUCAUGCCGCGAUCGUGUGAAUGUCAAGUGUACUUUAGAUCGUUGCGAGGGCUGGAGUAGCAAAUACGUAAAUGUGCCCGGGGAUUGUUCAGCUUAUUCACGCUGUAAAAAUGGUGUCACAGUGAAUACAGGCAAAUGUGGAACAGGAUUCUUCUUUGACGAACGCUCGCAGAUUUGCUCACAGCAACCUAUUACCUAUGCUGCUUGUAUGCCAUAA